GCGACGGAAGGGGCGUGGCGCGGUGCUGUGGCAACGGCGGCGGCCGCGAUGGCCAAGCAGUACGACAUGGUGGAGUGUCCCUUCUGCGACGAGGUCUCCAAGUACGAGAAGCUCGCCAAGAUCGGGCAGGGAACUUUCGGGGAGGUUUUCAAAGCCAAACAUCGUCAGACAGGCAAGAAGGUAGCGCUAAAGAAAGUGUUGAUGGAAAAUGAGAAGGAGGGGUUCCCCAUCACAGCCUUGCGAGAGAUUAAAAUCCUCCAGCUGCUCAAACAUGAGAACGUGGUGAACCUCAUAGAAAUCUGCAGGACCAAAGCCUCUCCGUACAACCGCUGCAAGGGCAGCAUCUACCUUGUGUUUGACUUCUGCGAGCACGACCUGGCUGGCCUUCUCAGCAAUGCUCAUGUCAAGUUCACGCUCUCAGAGAUCAAGAAAGUUAUGCAGAUGCUACUGAAUGGACUUUACUACAUCCACAGGAACAAGAUCUUGCAUCGAGACAUGAAAGCUGCAAAUGUCUUGAUCACACGGGAUGGAGUCCUGAAGCUUGCGGACUUUGGGCUGGCUCGAGCUUUCAGCCUGGCUAAGAACAGCCAGCCAAACCGCUACACCAACCGGGUGGUGACUCUGUGGUAUCGGCCACCAGAGCUGCUCCUAGGGGAGCGGGACUAUGGUCCCCCCAUUGACCUCUGGGGCGGAGGCUGCAUCAUGGCAGAGAUGUGGACCCGCAGCCCCAUCAUGCAGGGGAACACAGAGCAGCACCAGCUCACCCUCAUCAGCCAGCUCUGCGGAUCCAUCACGCCAGAGGUUUGGCCGAACGUAGAUAAAUAUGAGCUGUACCAGAAGCUGGAUCUUCCCAAGGGCCAGAAGCGCAAGGUGAAGGAUCGCCUGAAAGCCUACGUCAAAGACCCCUACGCGCUCGACCUCAUCGACAAGUUGCUGGUGCUGGAUCCUGCCCAGCGAAUCGACAGCGACGAUGCGCUGAACCACGACUUCUUCUGGUCAGACCCCAUGCCUUCGGACCUCAAAAACAUGCUGUCCACCCACAACCAGUCCAUGUUCGAGUACCUGGCCCCACCGCGCAGGAGAGGUGGGCACAUGCCCCAGCAGCCGGCGAACCAGGGCAGGAACCCGGCCGCCACCAACCAGACUGAAUUUGACAGGGUGUUUUGAGUGGGGGCUUUCCCAGCGGGGUCCCGGCUGGGCUACUCCGCAGGUUGGGUUAAGCAGGGAAUGUCCUAGUGGGGUCUUUCUGUCUGGGAAGGGACUUUUCUUCAAGGUGAAGUGCCUGCUGGCUUUAACCAAGCUCUGCUGUCUCCUGUCCUCGUGCGGCAGCUCAGUCACUGUGGAGCUGCAGGCCUGGGGAGGUGAUGCCUGUGAGCCCGGGGUUGUUUCCCUGCCACUCUGGCACCGAGCCCGC